AUGACAAUUAAAACAACAAAACCAAUUCCUGAUUUUCCUACAUUUGGUUUACUUCCAAAAGAAGAAACUGAAGCUGCCUCUUUCAUUAAAAAACAUCCUGAAUAUGAUGGCCGUGACACUAUUAUUGCAAUAUUGGAUACUGGUGUUGAUCCUGGUGCCGCCGGUCUUCAGGUUACUACUGAAGGAAAACCAAAAAUCAUUGAUUUGAUUGAUUGUACUGGAGCUGGCGAUGUAAUCACAAAAACCAUCGUUAAAUCUGUAAUUAAAGAUGGAGGAAGUGAAGUUUUGUACACCAUUCAGGGUUUAUCGGGCCGUACUUUAAUCAUUGAUCCUGAUUGGAAUAAUCCAUCUGAUGAAUUUCAUAUUGGAAUGAAAAGAGCUAUUGAAAUUUUUCCAAAACCUUUGGAAAGAAAACAAAGGAUUGAAGUUGAUCAUCAAAAAUAUAUAGCGGAAAUUCAACAAAACCUUGCUUUAUGGGAAGAAGAACACCCACCAUCUUCCGGUCCAUCUGAAGCCGAUGUUUUAAUUAAAUCUGAUCUUGAAGCUAGAUUGGACGUUCUAAAAGAUUUAUUCAGGAACUAUGAAGAUCCUGGUGGUCCAUUAUUAACUGAUUAUAGGAAAGAAAGACAAUAUCAUACAUUUAGUCAAGAAGAUUUACUUAAUUUUUCGGUCAACAUUUAUGAUGAAGGAAAUCUUGUUGCGCCUGGAGCACAGAUCGUUUCACUUAAAAUUGGUGAUGUUCGGUUGGGAAGUAUGGAGACAGGAGCUAGUUUAGCAAGAGCAGCCAUGGCUUUAGUCAAUACUAAAGCCGAUGUUGCUAAUAUGAGUUACGGCGAGGUUACCGCUGUACCAAAUUACGGCCAUUUUUCUAAUUUGAUUCGCGAUGAAGUUAUUGGAAAAUAUGGUUGUAUUUUUGCUUGUAGUGCUGGUAAUAAUGGUCCGGCAUUAACUACUAACGGUUCUCCCGGUGACAUAAUUAGUGUUGGUGCAUACGUUAGUCAUGCUAUGGUUAAGGCUGAAUAUGCUCUACUUGAUUCUGUUCCUGAACGAGCCUAUACAUGGAGUUCUCGAGGUCCAGCUACUGAUGGUGAUGUAGGUGUAACUAUCUAUGCUCCUGGAGGGUCUUCGCCUAAUGCAACUGGCUGUAUUGCAUUAUUAUUAUCUGGUCUUAAGGCACAAAAUAAAAAGUACACUCCAUAUAGAAUAAAAAAUGCUAUUGUUAAUAGUGCAAAAUCUGUUGAUGAAACUUUUGAUGUUGGCAUGAUUCAAGUUGAAAAAGCAUGGGAUUAUCUUCAGAAAUUUUAUGAUCGUUCAGAUCAAGAUCAAACUUUUCAGAUUUUGAUUCCUGAUAGACCAAGAUAUAAACGUGGUAUUUAUUUGAGAGAAGCUAACGAAACAUCAAGUGUACAAGUAAUUUCAGUUGAGGUUAAACCAAAAUUUAUUAAAGAAAUUGAACCAACAUCUGGUGAAAAUAACACAAAAAAAUUUGAUUUUGAAAGUCGUUUGGCUUUAAUUAGUACACGUCCAUGGGUUCGUUCACCUGAUUUUUUAUUUUUGGGAAGUCAAGGGCGAACUUUUGAUGUUAAAGUUGAUCCUACACAGUUGACGCCUGAACGUGGUCCACUAUUUAAAAUACCAAUUACAGUUGCCAAGCCUGAACUUUUAGAUAAUUCAAAAAUUGUUUAUGACAAUUUAAAAUUUUUGCCUGGUCAUAUUGAAAGAAGAUUUUUGAGAGUUCCAAAAGGUGCAACAUUUGCAGAUGUGACUUUGAAAUUUUCCGUAACACCAUCCUCCACACCAACACGGAUGUUGCUACACACAAUUCAAUUAUUGCCACAAAAAAGAUUCACUUGUUAUGAGAAAAAAGAUUUUUUUACUAUUAAUAAAACUGGUUUUAAUGAUUGUGGUGAUGAUAAUUAUCAUAUUGAAAAGAAAAGGUUUGUUGUCCGUGGUGGUGUUACGAUGGAGUUUUGUUUGGCUCAAUUUUGGUCAAGUUUAGGAAAUAGCAAUGUAUCAGCUGAAAUUGUCUUUCAUGGAAUUGAAAUCACCAACACCACUACAAAUGGAGGCGAAACUGUUUUUGUUAACGGUGGUUAUGUUCUUCGUAAAGCUAUAAGACCUUCUGAAAUGUCACUUAAACCAUUAAGCCCAACUCGAGAUGUCAUUCCUUCUUCUAGGCGAUCUUUUGGUUUGAUACUUACUUACAAGUUUACUACCAUUGAUAAAAAUUUAUCAUUCACGCCAAGAUUUCCAGCAUUCAAUCAUUUAUUGUAUGAUUCUUAUUUCGAGGAUUUUUUUGCCAUAAUAUUUGAUGCCAACAAAAAAGUUAUCGGGUACCUUGACAUUUAUCCGAGCACUUUUAAACUAGAAAGUAAAGGUGAUUAUGUGAUUAGAGCACAAGUUCGUCAUCAGUCUCAACCAAUCUUGGAAAAAUUAAAUAAUACUGUAUGUUUGUUAGACUUUAAUCUUUCAAAAAAAGUUAGCCUGGACGUAUAUAAUCAAAUCUCGGAUGUUUUCACUUCGAGUAAAUCUACAGUUGGUAGAUUGGCAUUGGAAAAAGGUUCUAGACAGGCAUUAUUUAUUGGUUCACCUAAUGACUAUUCAUCUUAUCCAAAAGAUGCAAAACCUGGUGAUAUUUUAACAGGAAAAUUGAAUUUUAUAAAUAAUUCUGCAAAUAGAAUUGAUGGCGGUCAAAAUUUUAUUAAUUUAAUUAUUCCACCUGCUCCAAUCAAACCUAAAGAACUAAUACCAAGUGAUAAUAAUCAUGCUACUGCUGGUGAUAAUAGCGGUGGUGAUCCUGGGAAAGAUUCAGGUUCUGAUGAUGUUGAUGUUGCUCAAUCAACAGAAAUACCACCACCACCAAUUGAGAAAACUAAAGAAGAAAAGGCAAUUGAAAAUUUGAAUGAAGCAAUUCGUGAUGUACAAAUUGCCAAUUUAAAAAAAUUUCCAAUUGAUUCCAGUUAUCUUACUGAUCUACUUUCAGAACUUGAAGAUAAAUAUCCAAAGCAUUUACCACUUUAUCAAGCUAAAUUAGAAAUAUUUUUGGAAACUGCCAAAUCUUCUACUUCUAAUACUAAUACCACAGAAUUAACAGUAGAAAAUGCAAAAAUAGUUAUAGACACAGCAGAUGAAUUAUUAUCAAAGAUUGAUUUGCUUGAAUUGGCACGAUAUUAUGGAGUUAAACAAGAAACAAACGUUAAUGAAUCGGCUAAAAAAAUCAAAAAGGAAAAUGAUGAAAAAAAGAAAGCGGCAGUAUUAGCAUUACGUUCUAAAGCUCAGGCUUUAAUGGUUCUUGCACAAAAAGCUGCUGCAACAAAUAAAAAUGGUUUAUUGGAACGAUUUGAAGAAACUUAUAAAUCUUUAAUACAAUGGUUAGAUUCUAUUCCACCAACUUCAGAUAUAAAAAACUUGCUUGUUUACAUUAGUAGGGAGCGUCAAGCAAAACGUUAUGGUAAUGCACUUAAAGCCAUUAAUAAAUAUUUUGCUGAGAAUAGCCUUACCAAUGAUAGUACUAGAGAUUAUGAGAAGUUGUUUGAUAUAAAAUUUGAUAUAUUGAAAGAAGUUGGUUGGACAAUUUGGGAAAAUAAUGAGAAAAAAUGGAAAUUGAUUAGAAUACCACCUUCAGAGAAAAUUCUUUUUCCUGGAGAUGAGAAUAAUCAAUAUGAUGGUGGUCCUGAACUUGAUUCCUCAUCUUCAAUAUGCACCAAUGGAUCUUCAAGCCUUUCAAUUUUAUCAAGUUCAUCAACAGCCUUGUCUGUAGAAAAUCAGGCUUUGAUGGGUGGAAAAAUUAAAAAGCAGGAGAUUUUAGAGGAUGAUAAUUAUAAUGAUGAAUUAGGAUUUCUUAUUGGUCAAACAAUAGAUUGUGAAAACAAGACAUCCACUUCUUAA